AAUGGGAGAUUUUUGGAAACCUACAGCUGAAUUAUAUAGUGCUUUAUUUGAAAAGCCAAAAAUGUCAUAGAAAUUACUGGAAAAACCUCCAUUCAAAUAUAUUUUUGAUAUUAUUAUGGAAACAACUAAAUAAACAGGUUUCAAAUUUAAAUUUACAUUAGGUUAUGCAAAAGGUCUAUAUACAAAUGAUGAAUUAGAUGGAAAUUCAUAUGAUAAUAAAGACAAGAAACUUUUAUUCUUAUAAAAAAUUAUAGAUUUAACAUCAAUGAUGUUGAAAGAAGAAAUUGCAGCUAAACCCGGUAAAAUAGCAGCAGGUUUAGAACCAGAGAAUACAAAUUUAUUAUUAUAAGCAAUUUACAGAGCAGCUGUGAGUGGUAAAAAUAGUGAUCCUUUUGUUAAGAAAGUACAUAUAAUUAAUAAUUAAUAAUUAAGAUUUUAGGAGGUGCAGGAGCCAAAGAACCUGAACCCUAAAAAAAGGAAUAGCCAAAGCCAGAACCAAAGGCUUAAUAACCUCCUCCAAAAGAGCAAGCUGCUCCAUAAGUAAAGGAGGAAAAAAAAGCAGUUCAACCUAAAGAAGAUCCUAAGCCAAAAUAAUAACCUCAAUAACCUCCUGCUUAAUAACCAAAAGAGAAUUAAAAAUAACAAUAAGCUCCUCCUCCUUAAUAACAAUAAUAAUAAUAAUAAACACAAGAGGGAAAUGUAAGACCUUCAACUGCUAAAAAAAGACCACCUUAAUUGCCUACAAAUCAAGUUUCAGUUGAUUAAAAUUAGAAGAAAGGAGGAACAGCAAAUGUAAUUAUAGAAGGGAAAGGAAAUAAUGAUGAUGAUGAUGGUAUUGUAGUUUAAAGUAAUGUGAAACCAAACACUGAUAUUAAUGCUCAAGAAUAUGGUAAAUUUGUUAGGGAUAAUAUGAAAAAUUAAGAGAAGGCCAAGGAGGAAGAAAAAGAAAAAGAUUAACCAUAAGAAGGAAUUAAAAUGAAGAGGAUAGGAAAAGUCAAUGUACAAAAAGGUAAUUAAUAUUAAUUAUAAAUGUAGAUAAAAUUAAGGAAGAAAUAGCUUAAAAUUUAGGUACAUCACAAGUUUCAGAUACUAUUGUGAUGUAAAAACUAAUCCAAUCUAUGAGUCAAAAUGUAAAUCCUUUGGCUAAAUAAAUUGAAUUUAUUUAAGAUGAUAUUGAGAAUAUGAAUAGGGAAUUGCAAUAAUGGAGAAAAAUCUAUAAUGUUUCUAAACAAAAGAUGGUAGAUAUGAAUAGAGCUACUGAAGAAGUAUUUUUAAUAAAUAAAUAUUUAGGCAUAAUAACCAUUAUAUGAUAAGAUAGCUGAAGUUGAGGAGGUUAUUAAAGAGAAAAAAUCUAAAAUAUAAAACAUUAAAGCAUAAAUUAUAAAAAAUAAAUUACAAAUUGACUAAUUGCUAAAAGCAGUUUUAGUAUAAAAAUGAG